UUGGCUGCAGCACCCUGUUUCCUUCAUGAAAAUGUUGUUGAAACCAAGCGGGGGAAGUCAGCAUAUGAUUUGUCUUAUUAGAAGAUGGCUUAACAGACAUCUGCAGCUUCAUUAAACCAUGAUCUCGCAUAUUCAAAACAUGCCAAAGGCAGUUUCAAUAGAGAAAAGAUAAGGUUUCGUUCUCUCCACGCUACUGUAAAUCGUCUCCCUAACAGUCCAAUGUAACCCUCUAGAAGACUCUCUUCAUCGCUUUUACAGUUGAUAAAUGGUUUUGCUUGUUAUUUACUAGUUUUCUUCUCUUUUUGUUAAUAUCUCCAACGAUAUUAGCUUGUUCUAACUUGAUAUACAAUUAUACAGCUUAUUUCACUAUUAGUCAUCAUCGUUCUUGCUUUGAGAUAAUCCAUUUACAUCUUGAGUUACUCCUUAUGGAUGAUUCUUUUAUGUAAAAAAUUUGAAAUUGUAAUUGACUUUUAAAUUUUGAAGAAAAGUUAUUUAUAAAACAAUAAUUAAAUCUGGACUAACAGAAAUACCCACCUACGCAAAUGAAAUUUAAUUUCGUUUCACACAUUAUUAAACGGCGCGUAGUUCUAGUCUAGAGAUACCAGACGACUUAGCGUUUUUGUACACGUGACACUAAACGGAACGUAGUUAAUUCUAUUCCGACAUUAUUCAUCUUAUUUACAGACGUGGCAAAAUCAGACAAAACAUCAUAAAGUCAUAAACUCAGAAGCCUAUAUACGGAUUCCAACUCCAAAACAAAAAGAAGAUAUAUCGAGUUAAUAAAACACUUUCGAGUCCGCACUUUUGUUACUUUCAUUCCAAUUUUAUGUGCCUUUUAUUGCUGUAAGAAUCCAAGAAGCUUCUCUGCUCUACUGAAACCAAUCUUCGACGAAUCCAGUAUUAAAAGAUGAAUUCGACUCCGACGCUUCGUUUUCACCGGAAAUUUUAAUCGCUUUCCUUUGAUUUCACGGGCGACUAACUCAAUUUCCCGGUGGCUCUGUGUGUUUGAGUACGGUUUGCGAUGGGGACUGUGGUUGGAAAUGUUGAGGAGUGCAGAGAGAUGUUUGAAGGCAGUGCUGCUCAGACAAGGAUCACACCUUUCUCUUCAACAAAUCAGAUUAAGAAUCCUGUUACCUACAAGCUUGUCCGGGUUGCAGGAGAUGGAAGACUAGUGCCUGCAACCGAUGAAGAAAUUUUUGAGGUCAAUGAGACGGAUAUGCAUACUGCGUCAGAUGCUUGUCAGAGUGUAGGCUCCCUUUCUGCUCAAGGGUUACCUUCUCAGUUAGAAGAAACUUCUCAAGCUUUAUUGCAGUCUGGAUGUGUGGAACCAUCAUAUACAGAGCAGGUGAAUUCUCAACCUGAGUAUAACGAGCAGAUGUUGCAGAAGGUUGAACAGGAUGAGAGACUUGCCAUGAUACAUAGUCCUCACAUGCUUUCUGCUCCAGAUGCCAACAGCCAGUGUUGUAAUGAAACCAACAUGUUUAAUGAGGAUCAUGUCCACCAUGACUCUUCGCUGCAGCAACCCAUUCCUUUCUCAUCAGAUGUUCAGAACGGAUGCAAUGUGGAUCAAUCUAAUACGGUUGUACCAUGCUCAAACGCAGAAGCUAGUCCAAAAGAAACUGCGGCGCCCCCUGCUACUGCUCAAAGACCUGAUUUUUCUUUAGUUAGAGGGGAGAUAUGCUUGAAUAAUUUACCUAUUAAGGCACUGCAAGAAACAUUCAAGGCGACCUUUGGCCGUGAGACGACUGUUAAGGACAAGACUUGGCUGAAAAGGAGGAUUACAAUGGGACUUACUAAUUCCUGUAAUGUACCAACCACUAACCUGAGAAUUACAAACAGCAAGCUAGUUGGAAAUCAAGACAAGGCAAAUGAUUUGACUGAUGAUGUAAGAGCUACUAACCUGAAAGAUGCACCACCUUCUAGUACUGAUAAUGCGAAUGGACAUUCAAAUGCCUCGGGACAUAGUCUCACUGAAGAUUUUUCUAGCGAAGAGAGGGCUGCAAAAAGGGUUAGGAAACCUACACGAAGAUACAUUGAAGAACUUUCAGAAAACGAUGAGAAACAGCCAGUGGUUACUUCAAAAGAUGAGAAGCUAUCAGAAAAAUCUGAGGUGAGGUCUAUUAGCGUCUCCUUAGGGAAGAGAGUCACCGUCACCAGGGUGGUGUCCCUUGCUGGAUCUGAAAUUGAGGUUCCUUAUGUUUCUCUUGUCCGGAGAAGCCGUCCAAGAGAGAACAUCAUGGCUCUUAUGGAAUGUCACUCCAGUUGCUUGGAGGCAAAAGCUAGUUCAGGAGAGAGUAACAUGCUACACAAAGAAGUGCUAAAGUCGGCUUCUGGACCAGACCAGAAAGAAUCAGCUACAAGUAGCAGCAACAAUGAGGAGGAUGUUCUCACUGAGGUUGAUCAAGACAUGGAGACAGAGAACAUAGACUCAUCUGGAAAUAGCUCAGAUGACAAUAAUAACAUUGGCUUGCCAACGAUGCAAGGUGGUGGACUUAGAAGGAAGCAUCACCGAGCUUGGACUCUAUCUGAGGUUACACAAUUAGUAGAAGGUGUAGCCAAGUAUGGAGCUGGGAAGUGGUCUGAAAUCAAAAAGCUUUCGUUUUCAUCUCAUUCGUACCGUACCCCUGUAGAUCUCAAGGACAAAUGGCGAAAUCUUCUGAGAACAAACUUUGCUCAGAGUCCCUCAAACAUCAUGGGAAGUCUCAAGAAACAUGGAUCGAUGGACAUUCCUAUGCAGAUUCUGUUGCAGGUAAGGGAGCUCGCGGAGAAGCAAGCACUGGUCCCACCGAAUCACCGAUAAAAUAAGGUUAUUCGAGAUGAGGAAACAAGAUCCAACUCCUUGUAGCUGAGUUUUGUAAAAUAGCAACCAAGUAAGGAAGAUGAGAAAUGUGAGAUAGGAUACAGUUUUUGCUGUCUUGUGUAACUUUUAUUAGGAAGCUUUGGUCUAAAACUGUGGUAUUGGUCUAAAGAUGAAACUGAUCUUUGUUUCGUAUUGACAAGAAAUAAGAGGAACAUAUUGUCUCAGAAAGAUCAGAAGUUAAUUAUUA